UUGUGCGCGUCUUGUGAUUUUAUCAGCUGCGGAUUUUAGAUUUAUCCGGCCCAAUUCUACUGUUUCCUGUUAUUUUGUUAGCAUUUUGUAACCAACAACUUGUAACCGCUAGCAGAAGCCGAGUUGGUUUGGUACAAACAUGGAUUUCUUGGAAUAUUCAUCGAUUAGCUCGGAAGUGCGUGGCGCAAUGUGCCCCGGUAAGCUGAAGAUGACUGAUACUGCUAUCGUUUUUAAAAAUGAUAAAACCGGCAAAGUGGAACAGAUAAAUGCCUCGGAUAUCGAUUUGCUCAACUACCAGCGUUGUAUUGGAAGCUUUGGGCUGCGAGUUUUCAUGAAGAACGGAACGCUACACCGAUUUUUAGGAUUCACUGGAGACGAGAAAAAGAUUGCAGACUUCGUGAAAAAGAAUUACAAAAUGGAUAUGUUAGAAAAAGAACUGUCAACUCGCGGCUGGAACUGGGGUACGGUUCAUUUUAAAGGAAGUGUUUUGUCGUUCGAUGUCGAAAAUAAAACCAGCUUUGAGAUACCGCUGAAUCAUGUUUCGCAGUGCAACGCCGGCAAGAACGAAGUUACGGUUGAGUUCCAUCGGAACGACGAUGCGCCCGUCAGCUUGAUGGAGAUGCGAUUCCACAUUCCAACAACCGAGUCGGCUGAAAUAGAUCCGGUAGAAGCAUUCCAGGAGCAAGUCAUGAAGCAGGCAUCUGUGAUUUCCGCCUCUGGUGAUGCGAUAGCUAUCUUUCGUGAGAUCCAUUGCCUCACGCCGCGUGGUCGCUAUGACAUCAAAGUUUUCCAAAGCUUCUUCCAGCUGCACGGCAAAACGUAUGACUUUAAAAUUCCUACUUCUUCAGUGCUUCGGUUGUUCUUACUACCGCACAAGGAUAAUCGACAAAUGUUCUUUGUCAUUUCGCUGGAUCCGCCGAUUAAGCAGGGUCAAACUCGUUACCACUUUUUGGUAACUUUGUUCCAGAUGGACGAGGAAACUAAUAUCGAAUUGCCCUUCACCGAGGAAGAGUUGAAGGAGAAGUACGAAGACAGAUUGACUAAAGAGCUUUCCGGGCCGGUUUAUGAAGUGCUGGGCAAAAUUAUGAAAGUUAUUAUCAACCGAAAGCUUACCGGACCGGGAACUUUCAUCGGGAACACGGGAACUCCGGCUAUUGGAUGUUCGUACAAAGCAGCUGCUGGAUACAUUUAUCCGCUUGAACGAGGCUUUAUCUACGUACACAAACCACCAGUUCAUAUUCGUUUCGAGGAAAUUUCUUCUGUGAAUUUCGCUCGUAGUGGUGGUUCGACGCGAAGCUUCGAUUUCGAAAUUGAACUAAAAACAGGGACAAUUUACACUUUUAGCAGCAUAGAAAAAGAGGAAUACGGAAAACUAUUCGACUUUAUUUCAUCCAAAAAGUUGCAUGUCAAGAACACCGGAAAGGACGGAAAGAACAAUUAUAAGGAGGACUUUGCUGAUUCGGAUAACGAGGGCGAACCGGAUGCUUAUCUGGCGCGUGUUAAAGCCGAAGCGAAGGAGCGCGAUGAUGGCGACGAUGAUGAUGAUUCUGAGGAAUCUACGGAUGAAGACUUCAACCCGAACCAGCAAGAAUCAGAUGUGGCGGAGGAGUUUGAUUCGAACGUAGAAUCAACUUCGGAAGAUGAUUCCGAAGAUGGUGGCGGUGGAUCGGAUGACUCGGGCAAGAAGGAAAAAAAGAAGGAGAAAAAAGAGAAAAAGGAACGCAAAGAACGGAAGGAAAAGAAACCUAAAAAAUCUAAAACUGGUGGACCGAAAAGACCGGCUACCGCAUUUAUGAUGUGGCUGAAUGCAACUCGAGACAAGAUUCGUAAGGAUAAUCCGGGCAUUUCCAUAACGGAAAUCGCCAAAAAGGGCGGAGAAAUGUGGAAAGAAUUGAAGGACAAACAGGAAUGGGAGCAGAAGGCUGCUAAGGCAAAGGAAGAGUAUGCGGAGGCUUUGAAGGCAUACAAAGCAUCCGGUGGCGGAGCUAGUGCCGAUGAAGGUGGCAAGGCAGCCAGUACAAAACGCAAGAAGGAAGGAGUACCACCCAAAAAGGCCGCUUCGGCCGCAUCCAUGACGGGUAGUGGCUUCAAGAGCAAGGAGUACAUUUCCGGUGACGAUUCGAGCAGCGACGGCGAGAGCGACGAUAAAAAGAAUCCCAAAAAGGCGAAGAAAUCCGAAUCCGGUUCAGAGGCGGAGAAGUCCGACAAGAAAAAAGACGACAAAAAGAAGAAUGACGAAAAGAAGUCUAAAAAAGACGCUUCCGAAUCAGAAGCGUCUGCUGAGUCAGCAGAAGAAGAAGAUGAGGAUGACGAGGACGCCGGCAGUAAUUAGGUGUGAUGUCAGCCGUUUUGUGGAAUCGAAUCUUAAUCACGUGUUUGCUGCUACUCUCGGUAAGACAUAUACUUCUGUCGAGCCGUUCAGUGUCACAUACGAUUAUCGAAAAAACAGUUCGCACUCAUUAACCGAGCUACAAACUAACUAGUAUUAGAGAUUUGUUUUAUUAUUAUCUGUAAAACUACAGCAAGCAAA